AUGGCGGCUGCCCGCGCGUCUCCGACUCCGGCCGCUGCGCUCGCGCUCUUCAAGUCGGCGCUUUCCGCGGACCGUGCCCUGUGCCCGCUCUCCGUGCUCCCGCACCUCGCCGCGUCCCCGUCGCUUCCGCACCUCCUCCUCACCGCCUCCGCCACCUCCCUCCGCCUCUACGCGCUGCUCAAGUCGCUGUCCGUCCCCAUCCCCGUCGCCUCGCUCCACCCGCUUCUCUCCUCCCUCCUCUCCGCCCCGGCCUUCGCCCUCUUCGCCGACAUCUACCGCCUCCGCCUACCGCUCUGCACCACCACCUUCAACAUCAUGCUCCGCCACCUCUGCGCCACGGGGAAGCCCGUGCGUGCGCUCGCGCUGCUCCGCCAGAUGGCCCGCCCCAACGCCGUCACCUACAACACCGUCCGGGUCAUGCGCGAGAUGCGGGAGCGCGGAGGGAUUGCUCCCGACAAGUGCACCUACGCCACGCUGAUCUCUGGGUGGUGCAAGAUCGGCCGAAUGGAGGACGCCGCGAAGGUGUUCGACGAAAUGCUGACUAAGGGAGAGGUGGCACCAUCUGCGGUGAUGUACAACGCAUUGAUCGGUGGCUACUGUGACAGGGGCAAACUGGAUGUGGCUCUGCAAUACCGGGAGGAUAUGGUACAGCGGGGGGUUGCCAUGACGGUUGCUACAUACAAUUUACUUGUGCUCGCGUUGUUCAUGGAUGGACGUGCAUCAGAUGCUUAUGCUGUGCUUGAGGAGAUGCAGAGGAAUGGUCUUUACCCAGACGUUUUCACUUAUAACAUACUAAUCAAUGGGUAUUGCAAAGAGGGCAAUGAGAAGAAAGCAUUGGAGGUGUUUGAGGAGAUGUCUCGGAAAGGGGUGCGUGCAACUGCAGUGACCUACACGUCAUUGAUAUAUGCUUUCUCCAGGAAAGGGCAAGUUCAGGAGACGGAUAGGUUAUUUAAAGUGGCUGUGAAGAAGGGCAUCAGGCCUGAUGUUGUCAUGUACAAUGCUCUGAUCAAUAGCCACUGCACAGGUGGAGAUAUGGUAAGAGCAUAUGAGAUCAUGGCAGAGAUGGAGAAGAAGAGGAUCCCUCCGGAUGAUGUGACAUACAAUACACUGAUGAGGGGCUUUUGCUUGCUUGGGCGGCUUGAUGAAGCUCGCAGGCUCAUUGAUGAGAUGACAAAGAGGGGUAUCCAGCCAGACCUUGUCACCUAUAACACACUGAUCAGCGGCUAUAGCAUGAAGGGUGACAUAAAGGACGCUUUGAGAGUCCGGGAUGAGAAGUUGGAUAAGGGGUUCAAUCCAACACUUUUGACAUAUAAUGCGCUUAUACAGGGGUUGUGCAAGAAUGGACAGGGAGACGACACUGAGAACCUGAUGAAAGAGAUGGUGGGGAAGGUCAUCACCCCAGAUGACAGCACAUAUAUCUCCCUGAUUGAGGGACUUACCACUGAAGAUGAGCGAAUGGCUGCGGCAGAUGCUGCAAAAGCUUGA